AUGGAGGCAUCAGAGUUAUUCAGUGUGAAAGGCCUCGUAGCUGUUGUUACGGGUGGCGGAUCAGGUAUCGGUCGGGCCAUGGUGCAUGCUUUUUCUGCUAAUGGCGCCAAGAGAGUAUACAUCCUCGGUCGUCGACUAGAAACUCUCCAGGAAUGCGCAGCAUUCAAUCCCAAUGUCAUAAUUCCUAUACAGUGUGACAUCACAUCGAAAACAGAUCUUCAGAAAAGCGCCGAUAUAGUUCAACAAGAAGUCGGUUAUCUCAAUGUGCUCAUCUGCAACUCUGGGACUGGGGGCCCCGAGUCAACCCAGCUUGGACCUACCAGUACCCUCAACGAUUUCAUCAAGAUAAACUGGGAGCAUGAAGUCGAGGACUACACGAAGACAUUUGAAGUGAACACUGCGGGAUAUUGGUAUACUACUCUCGCUUUUUUGAAACUUCUACAUCUUGGAAACGAAAAGAAAAAUAUCUCGCAAAGAAGCCAGGUAAUAGCAACAUGCAGCACCCUUGGAUUUGGUCGCCUGGCACCAACAGCUCGAUUUGCAUACGGACAGAGUAAGGCUGCUAGUACACAUCUGAUGAAGCAGCUGUCAACAUCAUUGGUGCCUUACGGUAUCCGGGCAAAUAUUCUGGCUCCCGGUCUGUUCAUGACUGAAAUGACAUCUGUGAUGACAUCAACUUCUUAUGAUGUCGGUAAAUUCGUUCCAGAGGGACGUGCGGGAGAGGAUCAAGAUAUUGCUGGGAUGAUUCUCUAUCUUACGUCCAAAGCCGGAGCAUAUCUGAAUGGAAGUGUUCUGGUCUGUGAUGGCGGAAGACUAGGCGUUGUGCCGUCCUCCUAUUGA